AUGGCAUCGGACAGCACUAUGAUGCAACAACCAAUGGAACUGCAACAACAACAACAACCACAGCAACAACAGUGGUUCGGACAGAAUGAUGGCCAGCAGUCAAUGGCUGCCUCUGGCAACGAUGGAUCAUACCUGGCCAACAACAUGUCUGGCGAUCAGAGUUCGGCCAACACCUCAUCCAUGUCCACAACAGACAGCCGACGUACCAAACAAGUCAUCUUCAUCAUGGACACCACCGCCAUGAUGGCGCCAUUCUUUGAGCAAGCCAAGAAGAAGUACAUCGAUCCUCUGAUAUCAUCUUUGGAGAAGAGCUCAAAGACUGACAAUAUAGACUAUGGAUUGAUAUUCUUUAGAGACUAUCCACCCUAUGCCGACUACAUUGUACACUCAUCGGACUUUACAAAUGAUGUCCGCAAGUUGUUCUCUUGUAUGUGUAGCACAAAGUUGGUUGGUGGAGGCUACACCACCGGUAAUGCCGUGUCCGAAGGACUGUGCGCUGCAUUAAAGAUAAGUCUAAAGAAGAGUGCACAUGAGAAGUGCUUCAUCCUGAUAUCAAACAGUGUGCCAAGGAUGUCCGCAUGUCGUCUGUGUAACCUUGGCGAUUGCUUUAAGCACAUUGAUGAGUUUGUACAGCAAAAGAUCCAACUCUCGUUCAUAUGUCCGCAGAAGAGUCAGUUCCUCCAGGACAUUUAUGACAAGUCCAAGUGUGACAAUAUGGAGGAUGUAUCAUUUGGCGACAACUCGAGCUUUGUUCGCCUGAGAGGUCUUCCUCAGGUCACCAUCAAUGAUACUUCUGCAGUGCCAGCAGCUGCAGCUGCUCCUGCGACAUUCCCCACACCAACCACGACGACGAACGCAGGCAUCGCAUCGCCCAACUUCCCCAAUCAACCUGGCUUCAACGCUGGCGGCGCUCCAGCCAACACUGUAAACAUCAACAACAAUAACAACAACAACAACAACAACGUCAAUGUCAACAUGAACAACAACGUCAAUAACCAACAAAACAAUGUUAACCUCAUCAACAACAAUCUGAACAACGUCAACAACAACACAGUAUCAUUGUUGUCACCUCAGACUGCGAUGGCCACACAGCCCAAUAUGAAUGGAUACCUCAGUCCAAACGUGGCGAUGGCCACUACUGCCUCUCCCUCGCAGGCGGCACCAAACACACCGGGUCUGGCCAAUCCCAUACCAUCAGCCUCUUCCAUCCCCAACACUCAAAUGGCGCCACAGCCUCAAGAGAUAAUCGAUGUCAAUCAGAGCAAUACUACCAUUCAGCAACAGCCACACCAGACAACACUACCUCCUCCACAAUCACAGCAUCACCUACAUCAACAGUUUGCGCACUACUCCCAAAAGCAUCAGACGCCACAGACAACUCAGACACAACCGCAGCCAGGCGUACCGCACAUGCAGCAUCCCGCUGCCGGCAAUAUGAUGCAGCAGCCACAGGUCAACAUGGACGCGUCGCCACUACCCUCAUCACCAUAUGUCGCCAACCCACAGACGACCAACGUCAUCAACAACAAUGCGCAGCAACAACCAGGCAUUCAGUCGCCUCAGGUAUUCAAGCCCGCGGCGCCCAUCCUGAAGCCGCCCCCACCUCAAGUCGCCAAGCAAUCGCCUGUGCCACAGCCGCCACAGCAGUACGCCGUUGGUAAUCAGCAACCGAACGCUGGCCAGCGACCAAUGCCGCCUCAGGUAGCCAGACAGCCAUCCGCCCAGUCAUUCCCAGGCAUUGGCACACAACAAUCGCCGGCCACUCCACCCAACCCCAUGCCGUCGCCACUGGGCGUACCUACCGUGCCAAUGACCUCGUCGCCUCCGACUCAACAGCAACAACAACAUCCCGGACAAUUCAUGCAACAACAACAGCAACAAAAGCAACAAUCAGUCAUACCAAACAAGCCUACCGACGCAGUGUGGUCUGGAUUCUUGGGCUUCCAGAAUGAGUCCAAGACCAUCUUGUUGGGACAAGUGUCGGCCAAUGUGGCCAAUCGAUCACACUAUGACUCAUUGUUUGCUGGCUGGCCAGAGACGCUGAUAAUCAGAGCACAGAUCCAGGAGAAUGACAUGCUUGCGCAGGCCAAGAACAACAUCAUGUUGACUUUCACGCGCCACCCGCAUCCAAGCAUCCCCGACGAUGAGUACAACCGCUUCACCAAACAACUGCACGACGAGAAGUACUUUGCCAUUGUCGAGCUGCAGGGCAGGACACUGAUCCUCUCGUUCCGCGACAACAUACUAAAGGGCUAUCUGAUGCCAGAGUUUGUGCUCGUGAAGCAAGCGUCACCGGCCGCCGGUGUGCAUAGCAUCACCAGCUCGCAGUCCACGCCGACGCCCAACACGCCAAACUCUCCAAAUACGCCAAUGACUCCGGUCGUCCCGCAGCAGAACCAGGGUGUCAUGGUGCCGAACCAGAUGAACACCUCGCCCAACCAGCCGACUCGCGGCAACACCAUGCCGCUGAACGCACAGUACAAGCCGCCCAUUGCCAAGAACAUGUCGCAGCCUCAGAUGAACCAGUACCCUAACCAGUCGCCGCAGAUCGUCCAGCAGCCGCCUCAGCCAUCGCCUGGCGGCAACAUGGCCAUGAGUCCAAGUCCCCAGAUGACGCAGCAGCAGCAGCAAGUCGCCCAGCAACAGAGGAUUCAGCAACAGCAAUUUAAUACAGUUGUGGGCCAGCAACAGCAGCCGCCUCAGAUCAUUACCAAGCCACUGCAGGCUCCACAGUUGCAUGGACAGCAGCCCCAGAUUGUGGGCCAGCAACAGCAGCCACCUCAACACAUACAGGCACAGCCAGGUAUGCAGCAGCCCAACAUGCAGCAGACGAUGCAGCAGCAGGGCCAGCACAUGCAGUCGCCUCAGACCAUGCAGCAGCAGUACAACACGGUCGUCGGGCAACAGGGCAUACCAAACAACCAGCAACAGAUGCUGCAGAACAUGCAGAACAUGCAGAAGCUGGGCCAGCCACAAGCGCAACAGUUUGCCCAGCAGCAACAGCAGUUCACUCAGCCUCAGAUGCAGCAGCAGCAAGUCACCCAGCAGCAACAACAGACCCAGCAGCCACAGUUUGUUGCCAACACCUUCCCGAACCAACAACAACAACCAAACAUCCAACAGAACAUGCAGCAGGUUGCCCCUGCACAACAGCAGAACGCAAUGCAGAUGCCUCAGACGUAUAACGUGCAGCCCAAUCAGCAACAGCAAUUCCAGAACCAACCAAUACAACAACAAAACAUCCCUCAACAACAGCAGCAAGGUAUUCAACAACAGCCUGUCAUGCAACAGUACACCCAACAACAACCUCAGCAACAACAGCAACAGCAACAGACGACGCAGCAACACUUCCAACAGGCGAACCAACCACAACAGCACUAUCAACAACUCAACCAACAGCAGCAGCAGCAACAGACACAACAACAACUCAUGAACAACUUGAACAUGCAACAACGAGUUGUGAACCCGGCCACGCAAUUACAACAACAACAGCUACAGCGACAGAUGUCUGUUAAUGGUGGCGUUGGCCAACAGUCCCCGCUGCAGACCAACAUCCCUCAGCCCAUUCAACAGCAACCUAUCCAACAACAGCAACAACCGAUGCAACAACAACCAAUCCAACAACAACAGCCACAAAACACACAGUAUCAACAACAGUAUCAACAGAUGCAGAACGCGCAACAACAACCAAUCCAACAACAGCAGCAACCGAUGCAACAACAACCUCAACCACAGCAACAACAACAACAAUUUGUACAGCAACAGCAACAAUACGCUCAACAACAACAACAACAGCCACAACAACAACAACAGACAAUGCAACAAUAUGCACCACAACAACAGCAACAACAACAACAAACGCCACACAUUCAAAUGAUGCAACAGCCACAGAUGAUUCCAAUUCAAACUGGCGUGAAUGCGCCACAACAACAGAUGGGCAUGCCAAUGAAUGCUCAACAGAUGGGCUACCAACAGGCGCCAAUGUACGCGCCACAACAACCGGUCCAAUCACCACUACCUGCGCCCUCGCCAACCACCGCCAUCAGCGUCGACUCUGAUGACACGCCCAGCAGCACCUCCAACAAGCGAACCAAACGAUCUGGUUCGUCCUCUUCCAAGUCCACCAAAAAGAAGAAGUAG